CCUGGUCCUGUUGCGCCCUUAGGCGACAGGCGACACCCACGCAUAACAUAUGUCGCUCCGCCUGCUGCUGCCGCCUCUGCUGUGCAUCCUCUCCCGCGGCUGCACGUCUGCUCCGCUGCCGCCGCGCUCUAUUGGACGUCGUCCAGCACCCAUAACUGACUCCCCUCGCAGCAGGCGGCGGCCACCGCCGUUGUCAGACCGCGCUGCCUUCCUCUCGCGCCGUGCCGCCGCCGCCGCCGCGUUGCCGCUGCUCCCGGCGCUCCUGCUUCCCUCGCCUCCCGCCUCCGCGCGAGAAGGAUACGAUCUCGAGACCGCCUUUGCGCUCACGGCGGUGCUCGACCUGCGUGCCAUGGUGCUCGACGUCGACCGCCGCCUCUUUGCCGGCCUGCUUCGGUCCCCUCCCGCGACGUCGGUCACCGCCGAGGAGGGCGCGGGUGCGCGGGCCGAGGUGAGAAGGCUUCUUGCGCCGGACGUCUCGCCGCGCGAGCGCGUGCGCGACGCGCUCUCUCUCGCGCGCAAGGCUCGGCGCAUCGAGCUGUGCAGCGCCGGCCGCGGCUGCGCGGCGACGGAGGCGGAGGAGCACGCAAGGGAGGCGCAGGAGCGGCUCGCCGCGAUCCUCGAGUACGGUGCGUUCGACGGCCGCCGCACGAACGCUCUGAACGAGCCCGUGCCGCUGAUGACGCCCGACGAGCUUCGCUUUGUCCACCGCGCGCUCGUGUCGGCUCAGCGCGAGCUCACGGCCGCCUUCGACUGCUUCGGAGCAGACGAGCGGCGGGAAGCGGCUCGCUUUGCGGCGCGGGCCGCGAAGGGCGACCUCGUGCCGCUGGGGCUGGAUGCCCAGGCGCGCCAGAUACUGGACGGCCAGGACCGCGCCAUCGGCGACGCCAUCCGCGGGCUUGGCGGCCCGCCCCCGUCCCUGUACGCGGACGACUUGCAGCGUCAGAACGACGCCCUGCUGGCGGGCAGCGACGGCAGGUAGCAAACAAACAAAAUAAAAUAAACUGGGCUGGUUGAAUCCCUCACCCUCGAGGUGUGCAGUAAACCCGUUUUUGCGAGGGUGUGUUUUGUGAAAUUCUUUGCCUCGAGCCGUCUAGGUGAAGGGGCAACCAGUA